CCAUCACUAAUUCUUCCAGCUCAAACAUUUUCAUGUUUCUCUCCUUGUUUAGAAGAUUGGUGAAACUUCGCGAUGGUGAAGAAAAAGAAGCUUCUCAAGGUUAAAACCAAGAAGGAAGAAAGUGGUACGGCUUCCUCUGCAAGCAAUCAGGGCAGUGAAUCCGACCUUGCCGGUGCGGUGGGAGGUAUGAGAAUUGGUGACAAUCAAGGCGAGGCUUCCUCCUCAUCGGCCUUGUCCCCUGAACAAGCGCUAGGUGGUACCCGUCGCUUGAGUGCUGCCUCUAGUAGAUCAAGCCUCAUGAGUCCGACGUCAGCCACCAGUGACGAUUCGUCGUCAAGAAGCAGCGCCCAAUCAGUGCUGAGUCCGGCCUCCACUUCCAGCGCUUACAGCCAUGCUGGACUUAGAGGAGUAGCAGGUUCAGUUGGUGCUGGAAGUGAGUCUGACGGUGCAUGGGGGCCUGUGAAUUCUCCUCUAGAAGGCGCUAUCAGUCCCGAUGUCUCUCAAAAAACCGCCAAAAUAAUUGCCAAGGAAAAUUUUUUGUUUAGAAGAAGGAUAUUCAAUGAGACGAAGGAAAAGCAGGAAACAACUGAUCCAGAUUAUGUGGCGUACGUGAACCACUUCGAAAUCACCAUAAAUCCAAAGGUCAAAAUCUACAUGUAUGAUGUCAGGAUGAAUAUUUUUCGUGAUGACCGUACAGAAGGCAAAGAAUGCCCCAGCAAAUUCCGCAGGGAUGCUUUAAAGGAAUUUCUUAUACAGCAGUCUAUUACAAAGUUUCCUGCGUAUGACGGCAGCCAUAUGUUGUACUGCAGCGCGAAAUUGUCAGAGAAUAAGACGGAGUUAAGUGAUGUUGUCCACGUUGAAGAGAUUUUGCCUGGAAACUUAACCAAGACCAUAGGAAUCAAAGUCGUGGUGAAAGAAUGCCAGAAGCCUUCAAGUGUGCAAAUUGGUGAUAUCAUUGAGUACGCCAAAAUUCCAUCAAUAUUCAAUGGCAAGACUUAUCCUCAAAAACCUAUUCAAGCGCUUGAAGUGAUUCUUCUCAGCGCUGGACUGGAGAGAGACAAUACGUUCAAAGUCGGGCGAAGCAUUUUCAAGGUUCCUGCUGACAGACCCGAACCACAAGGUCUUACAGGUGGGGCCGAGCACUGGUCAGGCCUUUUCCAAACUAUUGCUGUUGGUGAAAUGCCCUACAAUAGCAUUAAAUCAAAAUGUCAGCCCCAAUUCUUCCUGUGCUUGGAUGCUGCUCACUGUGCUUUCCGGAAGCCGCAACCAGUGACCGAAUUGAAAAAGAUUACUGCACUCCAAGACUUCUUGAGAGGUGCGAAGAUUCAGUAUGAAGUGCGUACCCCAAACGUGUCGCUAACCAGGCUAUUGAAUGCGACUGGGCUUGGUAGAGCUCCUAACAAAACCGAGUGCGUUUUCACUUGA